GGGGAUGUCUGGUCUGGAAGGACUACUUCCCGCUUCUUCUCUUCGCUGCCUUCUUAGUUUCAGCUUGGGAAAGAAUAUGUAGAAGAUGGAAUCCAACUUCUUCUCAUCACUGAUUCUUGAGGGGAAGUUUCAGAAGCUCCAAGGAUGUGUGGAAUUUUUAUAAGAAAAAUAUAUUUUUUUAAUUGAGAAACAUUACUUUUGCUCAACCUGCUUGUCAAAUGUGAAUCAUCACAAUUUUACGUAGACUUCCAGCAUUGUGCAAGACCUUAGACAUAGAGUAGAAGUCAAAGUAUUUUAACAGAAACUGAUAAAGGCUUAAAACUAAGGAUGACAAACUCUAGACCCAAUGGGGCAGUUAGAUGUGUAUGGACCAAUCUUCAAAUCUGACAAAGACCAAAAGUGACCAAGGCCACAAGCGAGAUGCUGGUGGCCUUGAGUCCCUACGCACAGUUCCAGCCAAGCUGCUUCCACCUCGUGAAGAUGGGUUUUGUGAUGGGUUACACCACGGGCAUGGCGGCGGGGGCGCUCUUCAGCAUCUUUUCCUGUCUCAGGAUCGGAAUACGGGGUCGGGGUUUGAUGGGCGGUGUCAGGAAAACCAUGAUGCAGAGCGGCGGCACCUCUGGCACAUUCAUGGCCAUCGGGAUGGACAUCUGAUGCUAAUCAGGGCAGUGGUUGCCCACUACAUCCACCCCCUCACAUCAGUCCCAGUCCGUGUACUAUAAUAAAACAAGUCUUUGAUUUAAGAAAAAAAGUUGACAAAGACCAGACCAGCAUAGUUGCCCUUGUGAAAUCUAUAACCAUAUUAUUGCCAUAGAUAAACAGAUUAUAGGGUUCUUCUGAAGGCAGGACUCUAAACUACCUUGUACUUGGCCAAGUUGUUAGUUUAGUACUAGUGCACAAAGAAAAGAGUGCCACCUGCUGGACCAGCAAUGAUACUCCCUCCCGAGCCAGGGCUACAUGGCAAGGAAGACAGACACAGACUCUGAUCCAAAUCAAAUUCAUAUGCUUGCCUUUAAAUUAGU